AUGAUCCCAUUCCAAGAUCCCGGCACCGCCCAACCGUUUUCAAUGGGUCCGCCGCAGCACGGCGUUCAUCUUUUGCACAUGGAGACAGCGAUAUUUGUGCUUCUUUUCGGUGAUCGAAGCAGAGCCAGUCUUCCGGAUGAACUCCUCAAACCGGGCCACCAUGUUCAUACCUUUGCCGAACUCCUCAGCAGCCAGUAUGAGCUGCACAUGGUAAUUCAGGGUAUGCUGUCGUCUCGGGGGAUGCUGCUGUCGUCCGUGGUGGCCCAUGUUUCAAAAACCGGUUACCUCGAUCCAUCCUCCAGGAUUUAG